GUGGGGAGACGAGACCUGAGACCGAGAGCGACGCGCGCACGCUACGGUGGGAGCCGUGGGAGGUUCAAUUGUCGGUGAAUCGUUGCGAUGAGCGGUCGGGUGCGUGAUAAGGGUCGAGCGAGAGAUUAAGAGCGCGUGCCCCCGGCUGCUGCGAUCGGUACGCGUCGAGAAGGAGCACGACGUGUUUUGUUUCGAUCGCCCGUUUCGUUUCGGAGACGAGUGUCGGCGUGCGCGCGCACGCACGCCGGGCAGCAAACUUCACACGGGUAGCGCGCGGCCGGAGUGCUCGCUGGACGAUCGAUUCGGUCGAUCCGAUUUCUUCCUUCUUUGUUUUUUUCUUUUUCUCGACACGUCGAUAUGUGUUUGACGGCCUCGACAUACGUAACCUAACCUGAUCGGCGCGCGAUAGCGACGCGAUAUUUCGUGCUCCGUGACGUUGACGAAAAGAAAUGCUCCGAGCGCGCGCGUGCGUUCGCGUUUAUAUCGUAAUCGCGCGAUCGAAAGAGAGAAUUGGCUGUGAGUGAAAAAGAAAGCAAGGGAAAAACGCUCUCAGUGUGUGCAUCGCUUUCUGGGAUUUCUACAUCGUCAACGUGGUUUUUGUGCGUGGUUUUCUGGAAUUUUCUGCAGUUUCGAGAUUCAACUUUUUUUGUGACAAGAGCCCUGGCAGCAACGGCCAUGACCGCGGACAGCCUGUUCGAGACUACCAGCAUCCCGGGGCACCUCGCUCCCACGCCCGAGAGACUGGAGAGACUUCUCUCGAAACAGACCCUCGAGGAGCUCUACGAGGUCGAGGAACAGCCUUUCGCACGAGGUAAAUACGCGACGGUGAGAAGAUGUCGCGAGAGGUCUAGCGGCAGGCAGUGGGCCGCCAAGUUCCUGAGGAAACGACGGCGGGCCCAGGAGCUCAGAGCGGAAGCGCUUCACGAGGUCGCUGUGCUGGAUGCCGCGGCCCAUUGUUCUCGUCUCGUCUCCCUACACCAGGUCUUUGAGACCAAUACCGAGAUGGUGCUCGUCCUCGAACUGGCUCCUGGCGGCGAAUUACAAAUGAUACUCGACCGAGAUGAGGAAGUUCCAGAGGAGCGGCAGGUCGCCCGAUUGCUGAAGCAGAUUUUGGACGGGAUCGCCUUUCUGCAUUCCCUCAACGUAGCUCAUCUCGACAUCAAGCCACAAAAUUUGGUACUUACUGGAGAGUUUCCGGACUGCGAUGUAAAGUUAUGCGACUUUGGCAUAUCGCGAUACAUCAGCCACGGAGCAGACAUACGAGAGAUUUUGGGCACGCCCGAUUAUGUCGCCCCGGAGGUCCUAAAUUACGAGCCGAUCAGCCUGGCUACCGACAUGUGGUCCGUUGGCGUGCUACUCUACGUGCUGUUAACGGGAUGCUCCCCGUUCGGCGGCGACACCAAGCAGGAGACGUUUUGCAACAUCAGUAGAUGUCGCCUGGACUUCCCGGACGAUCUCUUUGAGGAUGUCUCCGAGGAGGCGCGCGAUCUCAUGCGCAAGCUUAUGGUUAAGGAUCCAAAUGAACGCCUGACGGUGACCGAGUGCCUCCAACAUCCCUGGUUCAACAUGUUCGAGCAGCCGUCGGCGCCGCUGCCUUCGACGAUGUGUUCCACGUCAGAUGACAGCCCCGCGGCGGACUCCACGACGACGCUCUCUCGAGGAGAGAGUUCCUCGCCGUUAUCUUUACCGCUCGCCAACAGUCAGACCGCGUCAAACGCAUCGUCGACACCCAAGAGCAGCGACGGUGAAAAGCAACAUCGUUCAUCCACGACCGGUGUGUGUCACAGCCCUACGGAAUCUUGCGCGAAACCGACGAGCCCGCGCGCCGUCUCCUCGCAUACGGAAAACUUGUAUUCGACAUCGAGACCGUCGCCCCAACCCAUCAGGUUCGGCCUGAGCCCGGACCGCAGGGACACCUUCAAGAAAAACAUGGAUUCGUUGGCGAGAAAGUUCUCCGGCACUGUUGUGCCGGAAAUCGUCAUCAUCGAGACGGCCGCUAGAUCGUCGACGAACGCUGUCGGCAGCGGUGUUACUCAUCAGCGUCGCGCCACCGCCACUCAUACGAUGCCCACGGGUGGCGGUGAGGUGUUCAAAUGUACGCCCGUCUUUAUUCUCGGCGAAACGGAACAGCAGUGCAGCAGCGACAGCGGUAGCGACACCGUCUCCGAGAUCUCGACCGAUAGCUCGAGCGAUCGUAGCAGCAUCUACUCGGAUGACUCUCUCGAUUUUAUUCUGUACGGUAAGAGUCAGGGUAGAGCGAGCUACCCGUUUACCGCCGCCGACGCGACCGCCGACAGAUGGGAGCAGCAAAGGCAUCACCGCACCGCGCACAGAGUAUGGCCGCCCGAGUGUAGCGGCGUCGUCAGCAAAGUGCUCAGUCGCUUGACGUCGGAAACAAGCGGAACAAAGAUUGCAAAAAUGCCGACACCGCCAACGGCGACGGCGACGUCAGCGAUGCGCGGCAGCGGCAAGACCGGCCUCGAGGCGCUCCGCGAACGAAGCGGUAAUCUAGUAGUUAUCAGGGAGCCCAUUCGUGCCGGUAGAUAUACUAGGUAUAGCGAGGUGCAAUGCGAAUCGGUGCAAGCGCGGAUUCGACGGUUCCAAGUACGCGAAGCCUCCUAAAAUCGUUCCGCGCCAGGCUUGCGCCGACAGAUGUCAAUGUUGAAUUUGUAUUCGCCAGACGUCUUGGCAAGUAUUCUCAAGCUCCUUGAAAGAAUUGAGAGCUUUGAAGCAAGUGUACAUAUUACAUAAUUAUCUGUACAGUAACGUGGAAAAGAAAGGAGGGGCAGGAGGUUUUGAGCAACGAGAUGUUGUAUCCGAGAGACAUGCGAAAUCAAACAUAAAGGUGGAAGGAAAGGGACGGGCAAAGUUCCUCAAGGUUUUUUUUUUUUUGAAGGCUGUGACGACAAAAGUUUCUCGGAGAUUGCGCGCGUACACGUUUUUCUUCUAUAAAACUAUAAAUUAUAUGAGUUUUGCGAAAAAUGAAUUUAAAUUCUCUUAUUUGAUUGUUGUGGCAGAAACUGAUGAAAUCAAGAGAAAGAGAGAGAGAGAGAGAGAGAGAGAGAGAAAGAGAGAGAGAGAGAGAGCGGUACCGUGUGCCAUCCGAUAAUUGUCAAAACAAAAGGAGAGAUUAUUCCCAAAUCUAUUUUUCGUAAAGCACAUAAUGCUGUGAUAGCGUUAGCGGAGAAUGCGGUGUGUUUUACUUUUGCCGAAACUGCAACUGAAUAAAGAUAACCCAUGUUUGUAAGAUUUAAAUAAGAGAAAUUUUGCAAAGCAGCACCGUAUAAUUUAAUCGCGACAUAAUACUAACAAUAUUUCGUAGCAAGAAUAAACAAUAGUGCGCAACACUAUACCACACAAGAACCUGAUCUCCAGAAUCAUUCAACAGCCUUCCGGAGGCCUUAGCCCGAUUUUCGCCGGAUUUUCCUUGAGAAUCCGAGAUUGUGCAUAAAAGCGUAUGCGGUCCAUCCGUGAUUCACUAUGUAAACGCUAUGUAGCUGCGUAGUGCGAAACGUAUCGCACGCGUAUACGUGCCUGUACACGUGUGCCUUUGCGAAGGUGCCGACGAGAGAUCGUUGUAUCAUAUCAAAGCGAACAAAUGGCUGUUGUACAUACGAAUGAGAGCGUACGCGCGUAGAUAUGUAUGUAUGUAUGUACGUAUGCAUGUAUGUAUGUAUGUAUGUAUGUAUGUAUGUAUGUAUGUAUGUAUGUAGUAUGUAUGUACAUACGUAUGUAUGUAUAUGAGUAUGCGUACGUGUGCGCAUGCUCUUUGUGGAGCGAGCAAGCGGUUUCGAAGAGGGCGGUUUUAAUGUACAUAUCGAAUAAUUAGAGAAGGGAUGAGUGACAUGUCUGCAUCGGCUUGCAAAAAGAUGCUUACGGUUACGGUGACGCACAAAUUACGAGGAUGAUCGCGGAGCAAACGAAAAAUCAAAUGAAAUUGUUGCACCACUUGACAUUGAAUUCCGCGGAAUGGAAAACACAUUCCAUCGAACGAAGACAAUCACCCGCUCACGGUAACGAGAAUGGCUCUCUGACAGAUCUUCUCGCCGAUAAGUGUUCGAUUUACGGAUUGUAAAUGGAAAUAUGCGUUCGAAACCGCAAGUACCGUGUAUCGAAUCAAUGCGAUGAGAUGAGAUCGCUAUCGAUGUGAUGAGAUAUUUUAAACGAGGCAGCUUUAGCCUAUCGUUAUCAAUAGACUGACCGACCGUCCUUUCGAGCUGAGGAAAGCUCAAAUAUCAUCGCGUGCAUAUGCACCAAGACGAGAUUUAGACGCGUUGUACUUUUUAUUCAGAGCGAAGGCCUAAUUUUAAGAUACAAUUUCUUUAGAAGCACAAUAUUUAUUAAUGAACAUGUGUUGUCACAUAUAUGUAUCAAUCAUUGAUGUACGAUUAUCGAAGCUCAAACUCUCAUUCGAUUUUGAAACAAAUUGAUGUCGCAUUUCUAGCAAUCUGUAUUUCAGUCUCGGUGCAUCGCGCGCGAUUCCAUUGAAAUUGCCAUAUUAACUGAUUGUCGUGUUUAACGAUAACCAACAAUUCAGAUAGAUACAUACAUUUCCGGUGCCUUCUUUUAAAGAAAGAUCAUAAUUGCAUGCGCGCUCAACAUAUCAGUCGCCAGUGCCUAUGUUUACUUUGUUCGAUACGUGGCGAGAUUUCUCGAAUCACGAGACUACGAUGUACAAAAGGGAGAGAAAGAAUGCAUGUCCAUGGUGUGAAGAGUGCCUUAAUUGCGCGCGAAUUUUGCGAGGAGAUCGAAAUUGAGAGCCUAGACGAGAUUUCUAGGCGUCUUUAAUUCCAGUUGGCUCGCAUCAUAUGGCUUCAAUGAAGGAGGUUAACAAUGCGGGGUCCUUAGAUGUCAGUGAACUCUCUUUGCACGAAUCACCGAAAACUUGACUCUUGUUAUCACAAAGAAUGCUUCUUCGUAUGAAUGACAUCGCGAGUAUAGAUAUUUUUUCUUUCUUUUUUUCCUUUUUCGAUAAGUGUCAAUUAUUUUAUACUUUGGAAUCACAGCAUUCUUUCGUUUUUAAAACUAUGCAAUGUUCUACAUGGCAAAGUAUAAUGAAACGAUCGUCUGUUCUUCGAGCUUUCAUAAAAACGCAAAUCGCAAUAAGCGAAAUAUUUGCGGAAUUUAUUAUCACGCGCAAAUUGAAACGCGCAACGAAUGCUAGUCAUAAGCACGGCACAUUUUCUUUCUCACGCUCCCGUUCUCCCUUUUUUUGCGCCUUCUAAUUUUCUUUUAGUUUGCCGCGAUACGUGACGUUACGUUAGUGAGACGCUAAUGAGCGACUUUGUCAUGUGAGAUAAGACGGGAAAGAAAGAAGAAUGGACGAGAGCGCUGUAAACACAACUAAUAAUGGAUUUGGUUGACCUCUGGUUGGACAGGAUGAGAGCAUUGCUCGAAAUCUGCACAUUUUUCUGCAUAAAUCCAUAAGAUGCGAAAGAAAAUGUAGUAAUUUUCCAGUAAAUGUUUUAUAUUUUAACAAUAUAAAGAUUCCUCAUGUGUAUAUACAACAUAUAUAUGCAUCCUGAAUCUUUUUAUUACAUGUACAUUACUCGUAAAGAGAUUUAAUGUUUUCGGUGGUUCUAUUCUCAAGAAUAAAUAUACUUUUGACUAUGUUUGUUUAUGUUGACUGUGUAUUU